AUGGGGAGGAAGAUGAAUAGAAAUCAAAACACAGAAUCCGCGAAAUCCUCUCGGAUUUGGGCCUCCAAGUUCCUCCAGGAGUUUCGCGCCUCCGGGAAAGAUUCUCACACAUUUGAUAAUAGUCUUACGAGAGGAGACCGUGGCAUUAUCCAUCAGAUGUGUCCAAAGAUGGGUCUCAAAUCAAAAAGUUCCGGGAAAGGGGAUCAAAGGUGUCUUACGAUUUCCAAACGUGGACCUUGCUCUUCAGUGAGUAGAAAUAAAACAACAAAUGGCAAUGGAGAUGCCAGUGAGAAGAAGAAGAAGCUUAAGUGUGUCACGUUUCCAACGGAGGCGAAACCUGUUCUUCAGGAGUUAUUUACUCGUUACCCGCCUUGUGAUGGGGAUACUAUAGGGACGUCGCUAGGCAUAUAUACUGGACACUCUGGGAAGCAACGGAAGUGGAAAGAUGACUAUUUUGGAAGACCUCGGUUGAGUAAAGAAGAGAUUCUAGAUAAGCUGGCAUCUUUGAGUUCUAGAUUGGCUAACGAUAAAGGUUUCCGGGAGAUCUUUGGAGCACGAACAAAGCUUCCAAUCGCAUCUUUUAGAGAUGCCAUCACUUCCGCAGUGGAAUCUAAUCAGGUUGUUCUUAUUGCCGGUGAAACUGGUUGUGGGAAAACUACUCAGGUGCCUCAAUAUCUUCUAGAUCAUAUGUGGUAUAGUAAGCGAGAGUCUUGCAAAAUCGUUUGCACCCAACCACGUCGUAUCUCAGCUAUUUCAGUUUCUGAACGAAUUUCGUGGGAAAGAGGUGAAACUAUAGGUAACAACAUAGGCUACAAGGUGCGGCUGCAAAGCAAAGGUGGAAAACAGUCAUCAGUCGUUUUCUGCACUAAUGGCGUUCUGUUGAGGGUGCUUGUAGGCAAAGGCGGUGGUAGUUGUGUUCCUGAUAUAACUCACAUUAUUGUGGAUGAAAUUCAUGAAAGGGAUUGCUACUCUGAUUUCAUGUUGGCUAUUAUAAGGGACUUCCUUCCCUCAAAUCCUCAUCUCCGACUGAUUCUAAUGAGUGCUACUCUUGAUGCUGAGAGAUUUUCUGGAUAUUUUGGAGGUUGCCCGGUUGUCCGAGUGCCUGGGUUCACUUAUCCAGUCAGAACCUUUUAUCUGGAAGAUGUGCUCUCGGUCGUGAAAUCAGACAAGAAUCAUAAUCUAAUUUCUGCCGGCUCGAGCAGACCAGAUGGCAAGCGUGAUAUUAAAGAUGAAGAUAAAGUUGCUUUAGAUGAAGCAAUUGAGUUGGCAUGGACAAAUGAUGAGUUUGAAGCUCUCUUAGAUCUGGUUUCCUCUGAAGAAAGUCAAGAAGUUUACAAUUACAAGCAAUCAUCGACCUGGCUAACACCACUUAUGGUUUUUGCUGGAAAGGGCAGGGUUAGCAAUGUCUGUAAGCUCCUCUCAUUUGGCGCUGACUUCAAAUUGAAGUCCAAAGAAGGUAUGACAGCAUUGGAAUUGGCCGAAAAAGAGAAUCAAUUUGAAGCUGCUCAAAUAAUCAGGGAACAUGCCGAUAAUAUCCAGUCCAAUUCUCAGCAAGCACAAGACUUACUUGAUAAGUAUAUGGCGACAAUCAAUCCAGACGAAGUAGAUGUGGGUCUUAUAGUGCAUCUAAUGAGGAAAAUAUGUAGCGACUCAGAAGCUGGUGCCGUUCUUGUGUUUCUACCUGGGUGGGACGAAAUAAGUAAAACGAAAGAGAUAUUGCUUGCUAAUCCCUAUUUUGCAGAUAGUUCCAAAUACAUCAUCAUAUGUCUACACUCAAGGGUUCCGGUAGAGGAACAGAAGAAAGUUUUUAAACGCCCCCCUCAAGGUUGUCGCAAAAUUGUACUUGCGACAAAUAUUGCUGAAUCAGCAGUUACUAUCGAUGAUGUAGUUUAUGUGAUAGAUAGUGGGCGGAUGAAGGAAAAGAGUUAUGAUCCUUAUAAUGACGUGUCAACGCUAGAAUCUUCUUGGGUUUCAAAAGCGAAUGCAAAACAGCGGGAAGGUCGAGCAGGCCGGUGCCAACCUGGAAUUUGUUAUCAUCUCUAUUCUAAACUUCGGGCAGCCUCUUUGCCUGAAUAUAGAAUCCCUGAAGUCAGGAGGAUGCCAGUAGAUGAACUCUGCUUGCAGGUUAAGAUGCUGGAUCCGAGUUGCAACGUAAAUGAUUUCCUUCAAAAAUUGAUGGACCCGCCUGUUGAUCAAAGCAUUGCAAAUGCCUUAACCACCCUUAAAGACAUUGGAGCAUUGACACCACAAGAAGAGCUAACAGAACUUGGGCAGAAAUUUGGCCAGCUUCCAGUCCAUCCUCGGAUUAGCAAGAUGCUUUAUUUCGCCAUAUUAGUGAGCUGUCUGGAGCCAGCACUUAUUCUGGCAUGUGCAGCCGACACCAAGGAUCCAUUUACCAUGCCCUUGGGGCCAGAAGAAAGAAGAAAAGCUGUUGCCGCAAAACGUGAACUUGCAUCGCUUUAUGGAGGCCACAGCGAUCACCUUGCGAUUGUUGCGGCUUUUCACUACUGGAAAGAUGCAAAAAGAAAUGGUCAAUCUCAGGAAUUUUGUUCUCAGUACUUUGUCUCUCCAAAUGCCAUGAAGAUGCUGGAUAAUAUGCGUGACAAGCUUCACGGGGAACUUGAAAGACAUGGGCUCAUUCCUAGAAAUGACUCAAACUGUAGUCUGAAUGCUCACGAUCCUGGUAUUCUCCGGGCUGUUCUAGCAGUAGGAUUGUACCCUAUGGUGGGAAGAAUGUGCCCACCUUCCAAGAAUAAUAGAAGGUCACUAGUAGAGACCAUCACGGGGGCCAAAGUUCGUGUGCUCUCGCUUUCAAACAUGUCCUCUAGGGAGGAGGAUGAAGCUUUAAUUGUUUUUGAUGAGAUCACUCGAGGAGAUUGGGACGUGCACAUAAGAGAAAGCACUGCUCUUCCCACAAUACCGUUGUUACUCUUUGCGGGAGAGAUAGCUGUGGCUCCUACAGAGAGCUGUGAUGCUGAUAAGAGUGAUGACGAGGAAGACAACGAAGUAGAAACUGUAGGAGAUGUGAUGGACAUAGACAAAGCCGGUGGCAGGCCUGGAGAUAAAAUAAUGCUUGCACCGGAAAAUUCAGUCAAGGUGGUAGUGGAUCGGUGGCUGCCUUUCGAGAUGACAGCUUUUGAAAUUUCUCAAAUGUACAUCUUGAGAGAGCGACUAAUGGCCUCCAUUUUGUUCAAGGUAAAACAUCCACAAAAAAGGUUGCCACCUCAUCUCGGAGCUUCUAUGUACGCAAUAGCUUGUAUUCUCUCAUUUGAUGGCCUCUCAAAACCUUCAGUUCCAACGGUGUCGGAGCUCGAAUCAGGCAACACGUCAGGUCUGGAUAACGUGGGAGAGAGCUUGUUAUCCAAUCUCGCUGAUGGGAAUGAGCUACUUGACUCAGUCUCUGCUCCGACGGAAGCUGCUUCAGCAGUGAAGGAACCAGAGAAGAAGCGACGAAGAUCCAAAAAGCGGAAAGCAGCCGAAAAUUUGGAUGUGGCUAAUGAGCAACUAGAGCUUAAGCCAGCCAACGAAUCGGAUUUGGGUAACAUGGUAGAGAGCUUGCCUUCCAAUGUUGUUAAUGGAAAUGAACAACCUGAGACAAACACUGCUCCGGCUGAAGCUUCUUCAGCAGGUGAAGAACCAGAGAAGAAGCGAUCAAGAAGUUCCAAAAAGCGGAAAGCAGCCAAUGAAUCGGAUUUGGGUAACAUAGAGAGCUUGCCUUCCAAUGUUGUUAAUGGAAAUGAACAACUUAACACAAACACUGCUCCGGGGGAAGCUGCUACAGCAGGUGAAGAACCAGAGAAGAAGCGAUCAAGAAGUUCCAAAAAGCGGAAAUCAUCCAAGAACUUGGAUUUGGGGAACAUAGAAGUGAAAGAGCCUUCUGAUCUAGCUAAUAAUGGGAAUGAUCAAACAGAAGUUAAGUCAGCCAGCAAGGAGAAAGAGAGCAUCCCUGCAAAUGUUACCAAUGGGAAUGAGCAACUUGACCCAAACUCUGCUCAAAUGGAACCUGCUUCAGCGGCUAAGGAACCAGAAAAGAAGCAAUCAAGAUCCAAAAGGCGCAAAUUAGCGAACAACUCAAGUUCGGCUAGUAACGUGGAAGAGAAUGUGCCUUCCACUAAUGGGAGUGAAGAUAUAAACAGUGGUCUUACCGAAGCUACAUGA